AUGUCCUCCAAGGCGGUGACUCGAAAGCGUAGUAGAGCGCAAAUGCAGGAGCAAGACGAGCUAGCAACAGAGCAGGACACUGCACCCCUUUCGAGUACCAAGAAGAGGAAGCUGAAUGCCGAUGGCUUAUCCCCUCCCACGGCGGGCAGGCUCGGUUCCAUCAAGCGCUCGAUUGGUGGUCUGUUAGGCUUCAAGAAGACUGAAAAGGAGAACCUACCACACGAUGGCGAGCAAGAUGAACUGGCUGAGGAGGACAUGGAAACCGAUGGCGUGGCUGAUAAACCCGCUGAAGACAUGUGGGAUGUCCAAGAUUCAGGGCAUGAGGAGGCAAUUGGGAAGACACGUAGCUCUGGGCGCAAUAAAGUGGAAGCAACUCCGACAGGCGCAAAGUCGGCCCAAAAGGGCAGCGCAAAAUCUAGAAGAGACAAGGGCGCAUCUGACGGCAAGGGAGAUGAUAUAUGGGAGGUACCAGAGUCUCCGCCAAGACCCAGCAGAAGUGCUUCUACAGCAGAGCGAGCGAAGGCUCUUUUGGCUCCUCCAGCAAGACAAACAAGCCCCGAGCCACCGAGACGAAGACCGGGACGACCUAGAAAAUCGGACAUAUUGAAGAAUGCGAAGAAGCUCUCUAAUCGAGCUAUACGAGAGAAGAUGAUGUCGGCAGCUGCUGAUGGAUCGGAGGACGAGGAGGAGGACAACACUGCAACACCUUCAAGAAGACGAAGGAGAAAGGGGGAGUCCGAGGAAGAUACUGAAGUUGAGCCAAUACCCACAUCUGGAAAAGAGUCUACGACAAGGAAACGGGGCCGACCAAAGCAAGUUCAAGAAGAAGUUGAGGUGAGACAGGCACCAAAGAGCAUUUUGACUCCUGUCAAGCAAAGGACUGGGAGGGGAAGGAAAAGCGUGCUUUUUGAUGCGGGUGGUGGAGUUGACUUGGGGUUCAAAGACCUGCCAUCAUCUGCCACAUCGAAGUCCAUUAGACUCAAGAAAUCCCUCCAGAGCCCAUCUGGAACCCUCGCUUCGAAAUCGAAGGCCAAAGCUGCUGAGCCAGCCGUAGACUCCGAAGAAGAGAGUCAGGAGAAGGGAAUUGCAGAGAAUGAGGGUGAAGAAGUGGAAGCGGAAGAGGAGUUGGAUGACGUCGAUGAAGAGAUGUGCGAAAUUUGUUCCGGCCUCGAGUCAACAAAAAAGAACCCCAUACUAUUUUGUGAUGGUAAAGAUUGUGAGCUCGCAGUUCAUAAAGAAUGUUACCCAGUCGUGAAAGUACCAAAAGGGGAUUGGUUUUGCCGAUACUGCGAGCCUGAAGCUGGAGAGGUGCAAUCUAUGCAGUUAGAAGCUGUUGGCCCGGUUGUUGAAAACUCCAACGUCCCUGACAUUGAAGGACUUGAUGGCCAUUUGAGAUGUAUGCAACGCAUUGUUCUGGACAGGUUGACUGGUCUGCGCGGAACUAGAUUACGAGGUCACGAGGAUGAGAUGCAGAAGGUUCACCAGGUCGUUGAACAGACAGUGCUGGCUGGCGAGGGAAACUCGAUGCUCGUGAUUGGAGCUAGAGGUUGUGGCAAAACAACGCUUGUGGAGUCUGUUAUAUCAGAUCUUGGCAGAGAUCACAGAGACAACUUCCAUGUUGUUCGAUUGAAUGGCUUCAUACACACUGAUGAUAAGCUGGCCUUGAAGGAGACCUGGAGACAACUGGGUCGUGAGAUGGAAUUGGAAGAUGAGAUUGCUGGGAAGACGAGCAACUACUCCGACACACUGGCUUCUCUUCUGGCUCUCUUAUCUCAUCCAUCGGAAAUAUCCAUCUCAGAGCCUGAGCAGACUGCCAAAUCUGUGAUAUUCAUCCUAGAUGAGUUUGAUCUCUUCACAACACACCCACGGCAGACCUUACUCUAUAAUCUGUUUGAUAUAGCACAAGCGCGGAAAGCUCCGAUCGUGGUCCUUGGGUUGACGACACGAGUAGAUGUGGUUGAGAGUCUUGAAAAGAGGGUCAAGAGUCGUUUUAGUCAUCGCUAUGUGCAUCUAUCGUUACCGCGUAGUAUUCCAGCAUUUUGGGAUGUUUGCAAGGGUGGUCUCAUCGUUGAAGAAGAUGCGCUAGAGCACGAGGGCCCUGGCCAGAAAGAGUUUGCCUUGUUCUGGCAGUCAAUGAUCGAGGAUCUAUACAAUAAAGAUGCAAUUUUCAAGCAUCACGUCCAAUCAGAGUUCUAUCGAUCAAAGUCCGUUCUAGCAUUCUUCACAUCAUGCAUUCUCCCAAUCGCGAACCUGGCACCCGGGAAGCUGCCGCUUACAGGCAAGCUCUUCACGAAUACAUUGGCCGCCCCUGAUUCCAAGCUUCACACUUUGCAAGGUCUCUCUGAGCUAGAGCUUGCACUUCUCAUUGCCGCUGCGCGCCUCGACAUUAUCCUAGACACGGAUACUUGCAAUUUUGCCAUGGCUUACGACGAAUACAGCAAUUUGACUUCUCGAUAUAAGAUUCAGACUUCAAGCACUGGGGUCACGGCUCUUGGGGCAAGUGCAAAGGUGUGGGGCCGCGACGUUGCAUUGGGAGCUUGGGAGAAACUCGCGGAAUAUGGACUGCUUGUCCCUGCUGGAAUCGGUGGGGGCGGCAGGGACUUUGGAACAGGAGGCCGGAUGUGGAAGAUCGAUGUUGGACUUGAGGAGAUUACGGGAAGUGUUGAUAGCCUAAGUGGGGUGAUGGCUAAAUGGUGUCGUGAGAUCUGA